UCAUCCUGCCACUGUUUCCAACAGCUGAUUGCAGAUAAAGAGAAAGCCACAGAACGCCUGGAGUCCACGGGAAAAUGAGUUGAGGGGGUAAACACCGCGGCGAUGGACUACGACGGCACCCAAGCGUCCAAAAUAAUGCGUGUUGUUCCGAUUCUUUAACGUGGGACGCCGCGGCGCGAGCCGGCUUGGAUGUUAGUAGCGGCUUUGCUAAAAGGCUAACUUUGCGAACAGCAGUAGAUAAGAAGCGCUUGCGUUCUCUUCAUUCCCACCGAGACGUUUUUGUUGUUGUUUUUUUAUUAUUAUUAUUUAAAGAUUUUAACUACGUAUUUAUCGACGAGAUAAACACUCUUGGUGUGUUUUAACGUAACAGUUUUUAAUUCGCCGGUUAAACAAGCAGCGCUAACGUUAGCUAGCAAACAAAGAUGAUUAGCUAGAAUCGCCUUGACGACUAGGAGAGCAGGCGUAACGUCAUAGUUCGUUCCCCAAACGCGGUUUGGACUAAAUAAAGUCUAAAUAAGUAUUUCUAUGUGAACGAUUAUUGCGCAAUGUUAAAUUCAGGCUAGUUUGUUGUCCUGUCGCAGAGUUUAUGAAGAUUAUUGACUGACUAGCUUAGCUAACCAGACUACCGUGUAUGGUCUGGGCGGACAGACAGACAGCCGUGUCUCAGUGAUUAUUUUGUCCCUUUGCUGUAGGGGCUGUGCAACAUGCGCCCUCUGUAGUGUCUUAUCUAGCCUAAAGUAACCCUAACUAACCGUAGCUACCUCAGCAAGCCUUAACUAGCCCUAGCUCAUAUAACCAAGUUGUGCGAACUCCAGCAGUGUUCAGCUGCAGUGACGUUUUAACACCGUGUCUAUUUAAAUUCUCCGCUAUUUUAAUGUAAGUAUUUUAAUGGGAUUGAUAAGCGUGGCUCGACGUAGCCAAUCCUCCUGGACCGCCGGCUCGCUCUAACAGAAAUGGCCUUCCAUGGCUCCGCUCGGCCCGCCGUGUGUGGAAACCUGUUCCCUGCCUCGGAUCUGGGCCACAAAUAUUUCUGUGUGAACACUUCGGGAAGUAACGCAGCCUGCAGCGGGUUAAACGGCUCCCAGAACCCAGCCGGGCCCAGUCAGCCAGUCGAGACCCCGCGACACCCGGCGACUCUCGGAGGGAGCACAGGCGGAGGAGCAGCGGUGCCUCAGCCUCACAGCAGCCCGGCCAGCGAGGUGCCGUGUCCGCCUGAGAUGGAGCCCGACAGGCCGAUCGGCUACGGAGCCUUCGGUGUCGUGUGGUCAGUGACGGACCCCCGGGAUGGACGGAAAGUUGCUCUCAAGAAAAUGCCCAAUGUCUUCCAGAACCUGGUCUCCUGUAAGCGUGUCUUCAGGGAGCUCCGCAUGUUGUGCUUCUUCAAACAUGACAACGUGUUGUCUGCUCUGGAUAUUCUGCAGCCUCCACAGAUCGAUUGCUUUGAAGAGAUAUAUGUGAUUACAGAGCUGAUGCAGAGUGACCUCCACAAAGUCAUAGUGUCUCCUCAGCCUCUAACAACCGACCACAUAAAAGUGUUCCUUUACCAGAUACUCAGGGGCCUGAAAUACCUGCAUUCUGCUGGAAUUCUACAUAGAGACAUUAAACCAGGGAACCUGCUAGUCAACAGUAACUGUCUCCUCAAGAUUUGUGAUUUUGGGCUGGCUCGAGUUGAAGAGCCUGACUCCUCACGUCACAUGACGCAAGAAGUUGUGACGCAGUACUACAGGGCCCCUGAGGUUCUGAUGGGCUCACGGCAUUACGGGUCAGCCAUCGACAUCUGGUCUGUGGGCUGCAUCUUCGCUGAGUUACUUGGCCGCCGAAUCCUCUUUCAGGCUCAGAGCCCCAUCCAGCAGUUGGAUCUGAUAACGGAUUUACUGGGAACUCCUCCACUGUCUGCCAUGGUAUCUGCAUGUGAGGGCGCUCGAGCACACAUCCUAAGAGGACCUCACAAACCGCCGUCACUGUCUGUUCUGUACAUGCUGUCAGACGGAGCCACCCACGAGGCUGUUCAUCUUCUCUGCCGCAUGUUAGUCUUUGAUCCAGCUAAGCGGAUCUCUGGCAACGACGCGCUCUCUCACCCAUAUCUCGAUGAGGGACGUUUGCGCUACCACACGUGCAUGUGCAAGUGCUGCUACUCUGUACCGAGCGGCAGGGUGUACACUCGAGACUUUGAACCUGCUGCAGAGAGGCCCUUUAGCCACAGCUAUGAGGAAAGCAUGCUUUCUGUCUGGCAGGGCAAAGAGCUCAUACAUCGUUUCAUCACUGAGCACCAGCAGGGCAAAAGAGUGCCUUUGUGCAUCAAUCCCCAGAGUGCCGCUUUCAAGAGCUUCAUCAGGUCCACUGCUUGGCAUUCCUCAAAAGUAUCGAGGAAAGAAGAGAGAUGAGAUGAGGCGUAUGUUAAAACAGGAGUCAUGGGAGAUGUAGUCGACUAUAGGAGCAUGCUUGUACUUGAGAUGAAUGACCGUUUACAUUUGGUUCUUGUCAGAUUAUAUAGGUCUGAACGCCUAGGCUUGGUGCUAAGUUUGGCACAGGAUGAACAUCCUAACAUUGUCCAAAAAAAAAAAAAAAUCUACAGUUCGUAAUUCUGUAGACCCCUUUUUUUUCCUCCCAAUAGUGACAGUCCAAUUAUGCUGCUGCAAACAUUUUAUACUGACUAAGCUUGAGGAUUAUGGAUACUGAAUUUCAGAAGAAACUCCUUUUCAUGGAUUGAAGACCGAAAAGCGUUGUGCUCAUGAUGACGAUGAUAAUGAUGGCACGUAUGCGUGUUCAAAUCCCUCAGUGUUGUGCAAUACCAAUAUAUUGGGGGGGGGGAGGUUUCAGUAUUCGUGGGCUUCAACUGCCAUUCAGACUUGUUCGUUAUGUUUUUUUUUUUUUUUUUUUUUUUUUCUCCUCAAAAUUCUUUGCUGUGCUGCUUAACUGUUCUCACAAGAUCACAAGAUCAUUUGUUUCCUGUAUCUCAAUUUUACCCCCUAUUUCCAGUAUUGCAUAGUGACAUACGAAUUUGGGUUGCUUUUUUUUUUUUUUUCUUCUCCCAGUUUGUUACUCUAUACUGAAAGUGAUUUUUAGCCUUAGAAUGCCACCAUUUUUUUUUUCCUUGUGUGACAUUGUCACUGAGUCGUAAAUUGAGAUGCUGUGUGGAUGAUUAUUAUGCCCACGUAGAUGUUUAGGUGCUUUUGUAUGUGUAUACCUCUCCUAAGCAUUAUGUGCAAGGAUUUAACUUUUUAUUUACUUAUUUUUUUUUAACCAGGACAACUUUUUAAAGGUGAGGAGGAAGUGUUGUUGAACUGACUUUGUGUAAUUGAUGCUAGAACAUGUAUACUUAAGUGUGAGUGUGUGUUCGAGCAAGUGUGUUUGCGUUGUCCAGGAGUGUGGGGAGUGUUUAGGGGACGUGCAGUGUUUGUGCUCUUUUUACAUUCAUUACCUCACAUAAACCCACUGUGCACUGGCUGAGUGCGCUCAGACUAAACCCUACAACUAACCACGUACUGUACAGUGAUCUGUGCUAAUCACAGAACCACUAUCCCUAAUCCCCUUUCUCUCUCUAUCUCUCCCUUUUCUUUGCUCUGGCUGAUGCACAUGUCUCAGAUUGCUUUCAGAGGAAAAUGCUGCUGUUCAUUUGAUUGACGUUUUUCACUUCAGUCAUAACUAGUGUCAAGCUCAGGUUUCAUAUCGCAGACUCUGCUGUAAACACACAGGGACGUGUGUCCGGCGCCUCCGCAGCUCGUUCCUGGUGCUGUGAACUGAAAAGGGCCCCCCCCCCCCUUUUUUUUUUUUUUUUUUUUGCUCUACAACCUCGAGACCCGUGCCUGUCGGCCACCACUAGGUGGUGUUGAGCACACAGGGCGCUGCUGGACAGACACAGUUCUCAAGGACGUCCGCUCAGUCGGACCCGCACGUGGAUAUGGACUUUGCUUAGGGAUUCGCGGGAUUUCAGGAGUCCAGUGAUCAUACAACCCCUUGUGCUGUUAUUUAAUUUGGUCAUAGGACAAUAUUUUCUUAAAUUAAUAGUUUUCUUUUACUUUUAUGUCAAUGCGUUGUGACCAAUUUCAGUUGUUUUAUUUUAUUUUUUUCCCUUUAAGGUUUUGUUGUUUGACCACUUUGCUAUUGUUGUUGGUAGAAGAACUAGAAGUGUAGUGACAUGAAGAGAAACUAUGUUGAUCUAUGAUUUCUUGUACCGACUGCUAACUACAACGUGAGGAUGUUUUAAUUAACAGUGAGAUUUGCGUUAGUCAUGAGCUCAUAGAAGUUAGACAUUUUAUGAUGAAAAAAGAAAACUUGAUAUUUGUGUUAACUUUUAUGUUUAGUAAUAUCCAACGCUUGUUUGAAAAGAUGGCUUUUUUUUGUAAUUUAUUUUGUCAUUUUAUUGAAUAUGUUUUUGGACUUUGUGUUUACAACAGAUGCUUGAAAUUUUUAAGGAAAAAAAAAGUGAUUUUGGGUGGAACUGUCAAUAAAGAGCGAACACUGGAGACAAAGUGCCACAUCAGCAAAAUAUAUUUUGUUCAUUUUGUGGUUUACUUUAACUGUAAUCACUUAUCGCU